AUGUCGAAAGCAGUCUCGCAAAGGGCUUCCGCCAACUCACUCCAAGGCAACAAUCAGAGGCAGCACAAACGGCAUGUCUCGCUUCGUAAUCUACCCGACCAACCGGGUCCCAAUGACCACAUCCCGCCUUCACUGGCCCUAGAGGCACCAUCGCCUCGCGCCGAUUCAUCCUCUUUCUCAUUCAGCUCAACAGAGCAGCAUCUCGGCGUUGGGCCAUCCAAUAAUGUCACACUGAGGCCAGCACCUAGUCCGACACACAGCCGCCAGAGCAGCCACUCGAAGCGGCCGACCGAAGCAUACGCACAGGAGCUGGAUCGCCUCCUCGAAUCCGAGGGCGAAGACGGAGUCAACCUCAUCAAGGUUGUUGAGCGCCAAGAUGUGUUCCACCUCAUUCACGAGAUCCGGUCCGACCUUCGAAAGACCAUCGACACGCAUCUCAGCUGGGAUGAGCUCAACUCGGUCGAUCUCAAUUUCUCUCUGGUUCGACCACUAUCGAUCAAGUACAGCAACUUCCGCUCGAUCGCCAUCCUUUACUGUUUGAUGCUGAACCGCAUCUAUUUCCAAAGGGAGGCCACGCGUGAUCUUGCUUUUCAGUCGAUCAACACAACGCGUGCCGCCCUCUGCGAGCUGUUGGCGAUGAAGCUGCUCCGCACCUUCUCCAAUGACGGCCUUGAGCUAGUCACCUCGCUCACGGCCAGCUUUCACCCACUGGCAGGCGCGACGUACAGCGAGCUUCAGGAAUUGCAUCUUUCCUCGUCGCACAUCGACCUGGAAGAGAUCAUUAAGCAUGGCCUCUCUGCAAAGCAGUACUCCAACACGCUCGACCUCGCCAUUGCUUCCUCCUCCAAACGCUUCAUCUCCACUCCGCUCUGUCAGCGCUGCAUCGAUGGCAUCUGGAACGGCAAGGUCGUCUUGUCUCCCAUGCAAGCAUCGCACGCCAUCCUCAACGACAGCUACAAGAAGCGUCCUCUCAGUAUCUACGAUCCUACCAAAGCACCCUUGCUCAACCAUCUGCGGCUUCGCGUGCCGUCGAUCCGAAGCAAGCUCGAGUUCGUCACGUUCGUAGUCAUCCUAGUGCUCUACGUUGCCGCAUUAGCACAGAAGGGCAGCCCAACGUGGACUGUCCAAGAGACGCUCUUCACAAUCUGGCUCUUUGGCUUUGCCGUCGAUGAGCUGGCCCAGCUGCAGGAACACGGCUUGUCUCAAUACAUGGGCUCGCUCAACAACCUCAUCGACGGCACCUUCUGCAUCAUUGCAUUCUUCUGGUUCGGCCUACGCGUUUCUGCGUUGCAAACCGGCUCACUGCAACGGAGCGAUCUCAGCUUCGACUGUUUGGCACUGGGUGCUGUUCUGCUGUGUCCCCGAGUGGCGACCUCGAUCAUCCAGGACAACGUCAUCAUGCUCAGCCUCAAGGCGAUGUUUUCGGACUUCGCCUACUUCACGGUCCUGGCCAUGAUCUGUUUCUCGGGUUUCGCGUACGCUUUCUAUUCUCUGGCGUCCGAGGACCGCUGGACAUUAAAUGCGGUGCUCUGGCUCAUGCUCAAGGUGUGGUUCGGCAGUUCCUACCUGGGUUUCGACGAAGCAGCAAGCUUCUCCCUCACUUUCGGUCCACCGUUGAUGAUCAUCUAUACCGUGUUAAGCAAUACUCUCUUGCUUACGGUGCUCAUCUCCCUGUUGAGCAACACGUUCCAGGUGGUCGCCAUGAACGCCAACGAGGAGGCGAUGUUCCAGUUCGCAUGCAAGACCAUGUCUGGCAUUACGACCGACGCCAUCUUCUCAUACCAACCGCCGCUCAACCUGCUUGCGGUGGCCAUCGUCAUGCCACUAAGCUUCGUUGUAUCGCCGAGGUGGCUGCACAAGAUCAACGUAUUUCUCAUCAGGCUGACCAGCUUCCACGUGCUGCUCUUUAUCCACUUUGCCGAGCUCAACGUGUUCGGGCAUGGCAUCAGCUUGACUGCCGAGAAGGGCAAGAGCUUGCUCAACCGCUUCUCAUUCUUCACCACGGGUCUGGACGGUGCAAGUGCCGACGUGAUCGAAGCAGCGUUCGACUACGAGGCGCCACAGGAUAAGGACGAGUGGCAGGUGCAAGAUGACCACUCGGGAGACGAGGCAGAUGCAGAGGCUGAGGACGGCGACGGCCACGGUGCUCGGGCGAAGAAAGCGACAGCUGUGGUUGGCGCGCCGGCUCAGGAUGGAGCCCCGAAAGCGAGCUCUGCGCCCGCUUCACAGCAGGUGUACCAAGAACAUCAUCAAGUUGUCGAUGGUGCAACAUCACACGAUGCCAUGCCUCGAUCCACCACCCAGUCCUCGGUCGCCAACAGUACCACCUCGCGCCGAACCCGCGAUCCUGCUGUCAACCGGUCCGUUCAGCUCCUGCGACGCGGGCCGGAGCCGCGUGGUCUUGGCUCGCUCACCUCCCCACUGGCCAAACUGUUCAAUCGGGGCUUUGACUCAAGUGAACCGGAGCAGCAGCACGGUCUGCGAAGAUCUUCGUCGUCUCGUCGGACAGACAGCAUCAACAGUCCGUCUCGCUCGCGGCUGUUGGACUCGAAUGACCAGUCGCAGCCGCCCACCCCGACUCGCCCGUCCAGAAAGGCACUCCGACGAUCCGACUCGAACCAGGAAGCCGGAGCAAGUGGGUCAGGUCUAGCUGUUAUAGGUGAAGGUGAAGGCAGUACCGGAGACGGUGAUAGAUUGAGUAAGGAUGGCCUGGAUGGAGAACUGAGGGACAUCGCACAUAGAGUACAGGAGAUGGAAGCGAGAGGCAAACGGAUAGAAGACUUGCUACUGCAGCUGCUCGAGAAGCAGAAGUAG